AUUGCUUUAUCUGUUUCUUUCUUCUGCAAUUGAGUUUGGACAUACCACUAUGACACAAGAAAUCAAGAAACAACCGGUAAACUUCUCCAACAUCCUUUUGGGUGCCGGGUUAAACUUCGCUGAAGUAACUACGUUGGGACAGCCAUUGGAAGUGACCAAGACCACCAUGGCCGCCAACAGAUCAUUAACCAUGCCACAAGCCGUGAAAUUCGUGUGGUCGCGUGGUGGUGUGUUGGGGUUCUACCAGGGUUUGAUCCCUUGGGCAUGGAUCGAAGCCAGUACUAAAGGUGCCGUGUUGCUUUUCGUGUCUGCUGAAGCCGAGUACCGAUUCAAGACCAUGGGUGUUAGUCCGUUUGUUGCUGGUAUGGGAGGUGGGAUCACAGGUGGUUUAGCCCAGGCAUACUUGACAAUGGGGUUCUGCACAUGUAUGAAAACCGUAGAAAUCACACGUGCCAAGCAAGCGGCUACUGGAGCUGCUACCCAAACUUCAUUCCAAGUGUUUAAAGAGAUUUACAAGAACGAGGGUAUCAGAGGGAUCAAUAAAGGUGUCAAUGCCGUGGCCAUUAGACAAAUGACUAACUGGGGGUCCAGAUUCGGGUUUUCAAGAUUGGCUGAAGAAGCAAUUAGAAAAUUUUCAGGCAAAUCGGAAAACCAAAAGUUGUCUGCAUGGGAAAAAAUUGCUGGUAGUGUCAUUGGUGGUGGGUUAAGUGCCUGGAAUCAACCAAUUGAAGUCAUUAGAGUAGAGAUGCAAUCCAAGACUAAUGAUCCAAACAGACCUAAGAACUUAUCCGUGGUUGGUGCAAUGAAGUAUAUUUACCAGGGUCAUGGAUUAAAGGGGUUGUAUAGGGGUGUCACUCCAAGAAUUGGGUUAGGUGUCUGGCAAACCGUGUUUAUGGUUGCCUUUGGAGAUAUUUUCAAAAAGAUGUUGAAUGCAGAUGGUCAUUAAAGAUUAUAGAUACAUAGAUAGAUAUAUACACACACACUAGCGCUGAGUUCCCCAUCUGUCAUAAGCAUAUAAUCCAAACAAGGUGAUUAACAAUCCGAUGCUUUGUAAAGAUGUAAAUUGUUUAGAUUCCCAAAUAAAUGAAACUAAUAUGAUGAAGAUUCUCUUGAGGAUGUUAGCGAUGGAAUAGUUGAUGGGACUGAUCAUACCCAAGAUUUGAAAUGCAAGUAAUGAUUGAAUGAAAUGGCUGAUUCCGUUAAGUAAUACCAUUGUGAUGACGUAUGAGUCCAAUUGGAACAAGGACACAGACUGGUUAAAUACUUCCGACAUGAGGUAUAUCGGACUAGUCAAAACAAAUCCAAUCAUGGAACAGUAAAACAAAAUAGUCAACUUGUCCACUUUCUUUUGAGUUUGUUUGGCCAUGGGCAAGUCCAGCUCAAUAGUCAAUCUCUUUUUGGCAAACAUGUUCUGACUAACAAAGAUAAUCAUUGACAUCAAGGCAAAUAAAAGACCCGUGCUGUAACCGCUGAUAUGGCUGGUUGAAGAUGGCUUAUAACAAGUCAUCAUGAUCCCCAUGAUCAAAGGAAGUAAAGUGAUGUAAGUUCUCUGGGGGAAUUUCUUGUUGUAUAAUGCGCGAUAGAUAAAUACGGUCAUGAUUGGACUUAAUGAUUUUAUGGUGUGGACUAAUGAUACAGGAAUUAAUGAAGUUGCUUUAUGACUGGUUAAGUGGCCAAUGAAUUGGAAACACCCCAUGGGUAAGGUCGUGUUUAUGAUUAAGGAAGUUGGUGUGAUUAAAGAUUUGAUAUCGAGUGAUUCUGGAAGGACGCCCGAUGGUAAAUUUUCAACCCAGUUGCGCUUGACUCCUAGUAUGGCCAACAUGACGAUACAUAAACAUGAAUUGAGCAAGAACUGGAACUGUGUUAAUGUUACGGGAUAAGGGUAGUUUGUCAAUAUGAGUUUGGUGGAGUUGCUGGAUAUGAUGGAAGUAAAGUACCAUGCUACACAGAGGGCUGUUACUUUAUAGUCGAUAGGAGGUAGCCAUGACCAUUUCGAUGGGGUGGUUGUGGUGGUAUUGGCGGUGCCUCUUACUGGUUCUGGAGAUGAAGGUUUUGAAACUGGGGGACUCAAAAGAGAGAAUCCUCUCUUGGGGGACAGUUGCUGCUGGAACGAAGCUAUGCUGGAGUUUCUUGAUAAAGGAGGGGUGGGGCCAUAACUACUAGUACGAUUGGGAGCAGGAGAAUUAAUUUUGGACAAGUUGGUUGAUGAGAAGUUUGGGUUGAUUUGGGAGGAAGCAUAGAACGAUUGCUUCAUUGCUUCGACCUUUUGCUGUCUGGAGGUAUACAUCGUGGGCUAAAAUAAAAUUUCUUGCUAAAUAUAACCGUGAGAUUUACGACAGGUAAACAAAACGUGCGCUAGAUGUGGAUGAAACUGGUUCUAUCUAUUUAACAGAUUGUUUUCUUUUUUAAAGGUUUUCUUUCAAGUAAAACCUAUUUGGUUGGAAAGUAUGAGCGAAUGUGGUUGGUUAUAUGUUGGAAAGAAGAAGAAGAAGGAGU